GCAGAGUUUAAGUCGGGGUAAAUCCAAUGGCAUCAUUUAAUUUGUCACUGGCGACGCCGUGCAGGAUGAUAAGCUACUAUUUUUUAAGUAGAACUUACUAGAUAUAUGCCUAACCGACCUUCUAUAUAAUUAUUCGAUACACCGCACACCGCAGCUAUUACCUACCUAUAAUGUCUUACGAGGACAACCAUUUCGUCUCCACAAUUUAUCCAAUUAAUCGAUACGGAUACGAGCCAAAUUCGUAAUGUCAUUUUUAUAUCAGAAACCGUCGAUCGCCAUAAGGUAACGUAGUAGUUACUUUUCUGCACGUCUUGAGUUUCAACGAUCGAGACGCGUAUUUUGGGUGUCAGCGGCACACAUGCAUGGAUACCCAUGAUAGAACUAGUAGAAAAUUUCAUAUAUACAUAGAUUGUAUUUUCUUUUGGGAUAUCGAACACAAAAUAGAUAUGUGCGUGGCGCGUGUGUGCGCGGGCGCUCGUGUUGGCGCGAGAGUGAACCAUAAUGAAAUGGGUAAAAAAAAAAAGAAGAGAAAAGGUAUAUUUUACCGGGAGCCGGAAAAAUCCGGGGUGUGUAGUUCGGCUGUUCGGUCGUUAUCGGACGCUGUCGGGUGGUUUCGCGUUUCCCGCGGUUACAUCGCGCCGGGCGUCUUCCGUCCGGCUCGUCGGCGACGGAUGACUCGCGUAUCGGCCCGUACAGAAGCGUGUCGUCGCCGUCGGCCCAACAGCCACGCGCUCGUCUUCGUAGUUUCAGUCGUAAUAGCGUUAAUAAUAUUAUAUAAGACAUUUUUUUUUUUUAAUUAAAAUUAUACGCGAGUAAAAGAAAUUUUUCUCAUUCGUGACUAUAACCCGAAAAGGUUCCGCAAAAAUAUGUUAUAAAUAAUACCACCACCCAUACUUAUUGACGGCUAUCGAAAAGGCAAUGGCCAUCGUCGGAUCUGUAGUCGUACACCAUCACUGUCAUCGACAACAGCACCACCACCACAUCCGCCACACGCCGAAGCUUUCCGUCUUGGUGUUGUUUUAAUAUGGACGACCGGUUCCUGCAAGACAUAUCAGAAAUAUAACGUCAUGUCGACGGAGUCACACAAAUUUACAUCUCUAAGACAAGCUAGGAAAUCAGUUUCUAUUGCAGAAAAAGAGGAAUUGGUCGUAAUUACGCCAAAUGAGCGAAACUGGCGUGGUAUUCUUAUCGCGCUUCUGGUCAUUGUAGCCGUUUUGGGCUUGAUAGUAUUCUUUAUUGUCCUGCUGUCACCGCCAUACAAAGGUCCUAGAAACCUCGGAAGCAAAUUUACGGUCGAUCAAAUUGCCGGGGACACAUUCAAAGCGCCUUCGUUUAAUGGCUCAUGGAUAUCAAGCGUGGAGUUGGUGGUUCGAGAUGCACAAGGUGGCGUCAGCAUAUACAAUGUCGAAACAAACAAACACAAGGUUCUCCUCACGAGUUCGUCUUUUAAACGAGUGAACGCGAAUGAAUUUCAAACGUCAAGCGAUCAAAAUUACGUGCUACUGGUAUCGGACGAGAAAAAAAUUUACACGAAUACGCGGGAGGCCAAGUAUCACGUUUUUGAAGUGUCAACCCAAAAUGGCGUUCCGCUUAUGACUGUCUCUAAAACAGUGGAUGAUGGUGAGCAGAUUUACAUACAAAAAGCGCAAUGGUCACCAACAGGUAGUGGACUAGUAUUUGUAUACAAAAACGAUUUGUAUUACAAAAUCCACGGGAAUCGGCACAGUAGAGUUCUCAGGAUCACGAACACUGGUUCUUCGACAGUGUUCAAUGGUGUACCAGAUUGGCUGUAUCAGGAAGAAAUUUUUAAAUCCGAUAAGGCGUUUUGGUUUUCACCAUCAGGACGGUAUUUAGCGUACAUUACGUUCAAUGAUUCACUGGUUGGCGAGUACAAAUAUCCAGUAUACAACACUAGAUUCCAGUACCCGUAUUAUCAGUCAGUACGAUAUCCCAAGGCAGGAACGCCAAAUCCAACGGUGACUGUGUGGUUGAGAGAUCUGAAAAAUGAUAGUUUAUCAAACGUUACGCUAUUGCAAAAACCACAAGCCUUACAUACGGAAAGUGAACCUUAUUUAAUGCAUGUCAAGUGGGCAAAUGAAAGACGUAUAGGCGUAGUUUGGAUGAAUAGAAAACAAACAAUAAUGGUGAUAUCUGUUUGCUCCGAGCCAAACUGGGAGUGUCAAGACUCUUACGUUGAGAAAAUCGCUGAUGGAAAGGGGUGGUUGGAAAACACCGAAGUCGUUUUCAAUGAAGAGGGCACCAGUUACUUGGCAAUAUUACCUGUACUUGAUGGUCCACGUGGCACAUAUCCACACAUCUGCCUUGUAGACAUAUUCACAAAAAUUGUACUUCCUCUAACGAGUGGGAGUUUUUCCGUCGUUCGAAUCGUCCAGUGGGACCAGACGAACCGACUUAUAUACUUUGAAGCAAUACCAGAGGGAAAACCGUCGCAGAGGCAUUUAUACAAAGUACCCGAUAACGUUAACAGCACAGCAGGCUGGGAAUGUUUGACAUGUCCUCCAAGUGGACCUCAAAAAAAUGCUUCCAAAAUGAACAAUCCUAUGAGUUCAGAUAUCAGCGACUCGUUCCGGUUAAGUCUUAAGGGAUUAGAAUCAUCGAAACUACCACAAGAUUCGUGGCCAGUAAGGACAAAUUCAUGUCUGUAUGUCCGAUCUCAUUUUUGUCGUUACCCGAAUUCUAAGUACUACGUUUUGGAAUGUUUAGGUCCAUUAGUUCCCAAAGUUAUAUUAAUGAACCUGCAGAUAAAUCAUAAAGUAAUGAUUUUAAACAAUUAUACAGCACUGGCAACUAAAUAUUCUACAAUGGCAAAACCCAACAUACAAAUAAUGCAGGUGGAGGUUGAGAAUGGAUUCAUCGCUCAAACUAAAUUAAUGCUGCCCCCUGCAUUUAAAGAAUACGACGAAACCGCAUUUCCGUUUAUUUUAUACAUAAAAGGCAAGCCUGGCACUCAGUCAGUGACUGAAGAGUGGUCUGUGGAUUGGGCUACGUAUUUGUGCAGCAACAAGAAUAUUAUCAUCGCCAUAAUUGACGGUCGUGGUACACUAGGUCAGGGAGACAGGUCCAGAACUUCCAUUUACUACAAAAUGGGAAUCACGGACAUUCAAGAUCAGCUUACAGUUUUAUUGUAUCUCAAAGAUACACUGAAAUUUAUAGACAAAGACCGUAUUGGAAUUUGGGGCAAAGGAUACGGUGGAUAUGCCACUGGAAUGAUAUUGGCCAAACGACCAGAAGUGUUUCGAUGCGGAAUUGCGACAUCACCAAUUACAAAUUGGGCGCAUUUUGAUUCAGCUUGGACUGAAAAGUUGAUGGGCACCCCAAAUGUGACAGACAAUUACCGUGGAUACGAAGACUCAGAUUUAAGCAAAAAGGCAAUUACAUUGGAUAAAAAACUGUUAAUGUUAAUCCAUGGCAGUGCAGAUGAAACGGUCCAUUAUCAGCAUAGUAUGAUGCUGAUUAGGGCAUUAACAGAAAAGGGAAUAUUAUUCAGACACCAAACAUAUCCAGAUGAAGGACACACCUUCGAUGGAUCGACCAAACAUUUAUUGCAUGCUAUGGAACAUUUCUGGGACGAGUGUUUCGGUCCAUUGGAUUUUGAUGACUGGGAUGAGAGCUUAAACUUUUUUGCUUUUACACAAUAAUACAAAAUAGAAACCAGUUUGAUCUAGUGAUGUGUUUAUGACUGGAAUAUAGCAAUUUAUAUUCCUAAAGAGUUACUUAUAUUUAUACAUUAUUUCUUAAACUCACAAAGAAAAAAAAAACUUAAAUAUUGUUGAUAACAUUUUUUUUAAGAACAUUUGUUAUAAUGUUGAUAAAGUACGUUAUUUAUAAUAAUUAUCAUAUGUACUUACUGAGAUAACUUUACAUCCAAUAGCUUCAAAAUCUAUUAUUUUUAAAAGUAUAUUCAAUCGCUUAUUUGUACCUAUAUUAUACGUGUGAAUUUACUUGGACGUUGUGUUAUCAGCUGUGUAUUUACAAUCGUGGCAAUCAUUAAUUUAAAUGUUAGUAUUUUACUAUAUAGAAGCUUUAAAAAUAAAUUAUUUCAUGUAACUAUCUUCCCCCCUGUUAAAACCAAAAACAAAAUGCUUAGAUAAACCACUCUAUUGAGACCAAUAAAAGUCCGUCAACGUCUUCAGAAUGUUUUCCAAUUAUAAAAACAUAUUCACAGGGUGAUCCAUUUCAUAAUAAAAUCAAACUAAUCGUAUUGUAGUCCGAAAAUGUGAUUACAAAAUGAAGACAAUCUGUGUAAUUUGCAAACAAGUGGAAUAUUAAAAAAAUAACACCGAUGUAAAAUAUUUUUUAUUUUUUUUUUAUCACAUUAUCAUUCAAAGCUUAAUGUAUCAAUGCAAUGUAUUUAUCAACUACUAUACCGAUCAGUGUUAAUCAUCGUAAAACUAUUUAUACAGGAUUUAUUGACUAACAGUGGUUAAAUUUUACACAUAUUGCAUUGUAAAUUUUUCAUUCAAAUGAGCAUUUUACUUUCCAAUCAGAAUUAAUCACAGUAGACAGUUUUUGUAACAUUUAAAUUUAUAAUUUUAUCACUUUAUGUAAUUCAGACAUAAAUUUACUAAUUAUUUAACAAUUCAGUUGAAAAUAACAUGAAAAUAUUAUUAUUUGUUCUAUAAUAUAUUCGAUUUUUUGUUUAUUGUUGUGUAGGAUAUCGUAUACAUUAUUUGGCUCAAGUAACUGUGAUAAACCAAUAUAUAACGUCCUAUGACCUAACGUCAUAGCAGUGAAACAAUAAUAAAAUAAAUGCAUUUUAAUUUAAACUAAAAAAAAUCAUAUGAAUUAUUAACUGCCUGAAUAUUUAUUCGUUUAUUUUGAAAAAAAGUUAACAGUUAAUUAAUAGUGAAUACUUUUUAACUAAUAGUUCAUAAUAUAUAUAUAUAUAUUUAAAAUAAUACAAAUAAUCACAUUACUUGUAUUAUUUUUCUUGCAAAUAUGAAAUCAUAUUGGAAAAUAAACUAUUGAUGAUACACACUGUCUAAGGAUUAAAAUAUAUUAUAAUUAUAUUUUAAAGGACUUUGAAGCAUUAAGAUAUUUUAAAUUACCCAAACAAAAAAAAAAAAAAAAUGUAUACCUCUUAAAUAUUUAAGACGUUAUUUAAAUCUGUUUUGCCGGUAUUAUUCAAUAUUGAGUUUAACGAGUUUAAGCGAUUGAAAUAUACAUUAAUAAUUGUUUGAUGAUAUUAUGUUUUAUCUUAGUGCUUGGCACGAGUUUGUCUGUUGUUAUUUGGUUAUACAAAAAAAAAAAAAAAUAACCAUUGUUAUUAUAUUAUUUAAACAUUCCUUUAGCAACUAAAGAUAGGUAAGUAUCUGUACGUUUUCUUUGUGAAUUUUGUGCAUUCAAAUAGUUCAGAUUAUAUUUAAUACAAUUUCAAACAAUUUUGAAUAUAAUAAAAAUACUGUAUAGAUGUAUUCAUUUAAUACUAAGUUCCAUCAGCAUGUAAAUUUUGUUAUUUUGGAAAAAAAUUCAAACUAAUCAUACAAAUGUAAUCAAUAUUAAAAAUGUAUUGUUUUUAUAUGGAUAUAUGUUAUAUUAAUAAUAUUAAAACUUAACUCGAUAUUUAACGUUAAACUAUUGUUUUACGAAAACAAUAAGAUAGUCCAUAAAAAAUAUUAUAUUGUAAGGAAAACGAAUAAUGUGAAAUAAUCGAUUAAGAAAAUUAUUAUGUAUCCCAAUUUUCGGAUCUUUUUUGUGUAAAAUUUUAUUUUUAUAUAUCUCAAAUGUUUUAGGUAUAUUGUUGCUUGUGAUGAAUAUUGUUUUAUGUUAAUUUUGUAAUGAAUAUUUUUUUUUUUUUUUUAUCGCCAUUUUACGUUAAGAGUUAUACCAAAGAGGUGACUGCAGACUGAUUAAUAUUUCCAUUAAGCCUUCAGUUUCGUAUUAAAUUCACUAAUAAAGUAUUAACACAAUUUUAUUUAAAUACAUGCCUAAAAGUAGUCUCAUAUACAUUCCAAUCUUAAAUAAUUGAUAAGCAUAAUAUUUUAAAACGGUAUAUUGCUUUUCAAAAACUUAAUAUUUUCUUGUCUUAUUCCCACAACUUGUAUUUAAUACCAAACUACUAUUACCAUAAUUAAUUGUCUUCGUUUCUCAAUUACUUAAUCUCCACUCGAAAAGUGUAUAAUGUAAUACAAAGUCAAUAAUAUUGUUUAAUUUUAAUCUAACAUAAUAAUAAUAAACUUAACUUACUCUUAACUCCAUAUUAAUUUUCAGAAUAUUAUGAUUUCUUAUAUAGUAUAUUUUAUUAAAUAGAGAUAAAAUUGUCAUGAUUAUAUUAGUAUAAUGUUAUUGAUCCUAAUCUCCCAACAUUGAUGACGAUUCAGUUUAGAUUUGAUCUCUUAGUUUUGUUUAAUACGAAUAAUUUGGCUGUGUUUUAAUAUAUAUAUACGUUUUGUUUUCGUAGUUUUUGUGUUUAUUAUUAUUUUAAAAUUGCAUGCAUUGAGCCCGAGGUUCCAAAAUCCGUCCAGCGCGUACAGCAUAAACUGAUGGUUUAUGUCUCGACUAUUAUUUAGAUUAGAUCGCACGGAUAGCUCUAAACAUCUUAUAAUAUAAUAAUAUUAUUACCGCGGACUAAAUAGUCAGUGGAUUCCCAAAUACAUAAUAUUAUAUAAAUAAUAUUAAAAUAACAAAAUAACGUUUUUAAUUUUUACUGUUAUAAUUAUAUAUUAUAUUAUUCUUAGGUUAAAGUUCCUCUAAUAUAAUAAACUAUUCUAGGUUGGCUUCAGUUUUUGUUUUUAAAAUUUUUAAAACAUAUCAAAUAAGUAAUUUUUCGAUUGCGAAGUACCUAACGAUAUGCUAUUAUAAUAUAAGUUUCCUAUAUUUUAUUCACCAACACUUGGCUCAGUGACGAUACAAGUGUUAAACGCUUUUUUGUAGUAGAUACUUAGUUGUUUUAAAAUGAUUUCGUUAAAACAUUUUGUUAUUGUAUUGUUAUGUAUACAAUUUAUAAAUAUAAAUAUAUAUAAAUAUAUGCAUUUAUAAUUUUUUUUUUAGUGAAACAACAAUUUGUAUUAAAUUUAAUGUCAACGUCUUACAAAUAUCGCCCUCAGUUCAUAAGCGUAUGCUUAUGUUAAAUACACAAUACAAAUAAUACAAUACGUCAUGUAGAUGUGUUUUACUGUGUUAUAUGUGUUUAGCUAUAUAUUACCUACUUUUAAAUAUGAAAUUUGAAAUGUUAAAUGUAAUAUUUUUAACCUAAACGUUUCAUAUGUAUGCUUUGAAUGUAUAAUGUACAUUAAUUACCGCAUUAAUAAUAUUAAUUUAUAUGGUUGUACUAUGUUAUAAUUAUUUAUAUACUAUAUAAUAUACGGAAUUAAAAAAGUAAUUUGCAU